CUCUUCGGCGGAGGGAGGAAAGGGGCCUGUCCGAGGGGAAGGCCGGGGGCGGCGAUAAGGGUUGGCCGUCCCGGGGGCAGGCGCUAGGGGCAGCGCGACGGCAGCUGGCGGGGAGGAUGCGGAGGCGCCGGGGCCGCGCAGCACUGAGGGGCUCGGAGGCGGCGGGGACAUGAGCCCGGGGGGCGGCCGGGCCCUGCGGCCGCUGCUGGUGGUCCUGGCGCUGGUGCUGGCUCCGUGUGCGGGGCGGCGGCGGGCAAUUGUGAACCGAUCAGUUCCAGAUGUUUGCGCGACUUGCCACAUUCAUGCUACAUGUCAUCAAAUUGAAGGAAAAAGUGCCUGUAUCUGUAACUAUGGAUUUGUGGGGAAUGGAAGAACCCACUGUCAAGAUAAAGACGAAUGCCAGAUAGGAGCCAACAAGAUCUGCGGAAAUCACACGCUGUGUCAUAACACGCAUGGAAGUUUUUACUGUGUUUGCCUUGAUGGAUACCGGGCCUCUAACAACAACAAGACAUUUAUUCCCAAUGAUGGCACGAACUGUACAGAUAUAGAUGAAUGUGAGGAGUCUGGGCUGUGUGGUCACAAUGCAAGAUGUGUAAAUACUGAAGGAAGCUACAAGUGUUAUUGCAAUGAUGGUUAUAAAUUAGAAAAUGGAGCGCAUUCUUUUCAUCCAGAUGGGAACAAAGUUUCAUGCCAAGAAAUUGGAUGUGGCUCCCCUCCUGAAAUGGAGCAUGGCUACAUUGUAGGAAACUACAGCUCGGUACCAGGCAGUACGGUUCAUUAUGAAUGUGAAGAAGGGUUUUACAGCGACGAGGGAAAGUUCUCGUAUUGCACUGCAAAGGAAGCUUGGGAGCCUGCCAUUUUACGCUGUAAAGGUGUGGAUUGUGGGGUUCCACCUUCUAUCCUAAACACACGUCCAACAUCUGCAAGCAAGACCACGUAUGGAAGUAAAGUUACUUACAGUUGUGUUCAUGGUUAUUUUAUCGCAAGUGGCAAUCAGACUGCAGUCUGCAAUGCCAAAGGACAGUGGGAUGGUGCUGAUUUGGUAUGCAAAGAAAUAGACUGCGGCAGACCUUUGCUGAUUCCACACACAGAAAUCAUCUGGGAUAACUCUACCACUCUGUGGAGCAGAGUGUACUAUCAGUGUAAAGAAGGAUAUUAUUUCGAUGGAGACAGGAAUUUUUCAGAAUGCACAAUGGAUCAAGAGUGGGAGAAUAUUACUUAUGUAUGCAAAGAGGAGGAAUUGUUCAGUAAUUUGUCCAUAUUCAAUGAAACUUGCAUGAAAUGGCAAAGAAAAACUGGAAGACGAGGAAUGCAGGAAACUUACACAUUUCAUAUACUUGGCCAAAGAUGGGAUGAGAAGACAUUCUCAGAGGAUGUGAUACUUAACAUCACUACGAGUGAAGAUAAUCCAAAGGUGUGUUUAGAUCUCAACUCUGGCAGUAACUACGUGGUGAAUAUUACUACCAUCUCUUCCACAAACAUCAGCGUGUCAGUUACAGUAGCAGUUCAAACAAAGGUAAAGGAAGCUUUCAAUAAUGUGUUAAUUUUUAAUGACACGUGCUUGAAAUGGCGGAGAAAUAUAAGGGGAGCUGAUACGGAAGACAGAUACUCUUUUCAUGUGCAAGGCCAGCGUUGGUAUCAGAAGGAAUUCUUGCAUGAAAUGACCUUCAACCUUACCACACACAAGCAGGCUCCAGAAGUUUGUUUUGAUUUGCAGCCAGGCACCAAUUACUCUGUUAAUAUUUCCAUGGUAGCUUUGAAUUUUUCACUGAUGGUUUCAAUGACAACGCAAAUCACAGAUCCCCCAUUCCCAGAUGUAGAAUUUGUUGCAGCAAAAGGUUCUGCACCCUUGCUCAGACUCCGGAAAGCAGAAGAUCGAAAUGGGCCGAUCAGUCUUUAUCAAGUGAUUGUGCUUCCUCUGGGUUUGCAAAGUACUUUUAUUUGUGACUCCUUUGCUGCUGCAACUUUCUUUAGCAACACCACUGACACUAAGGGAUAUGUAGCAGCUGAAUUUCAGGCGAAGGAUGUUGCUGAUAACAUGCCAGUUGCUCUUGGAGACAGACAUUACUACGGAAAGUUUUAUAAUGCUCCUUUAAAGCUGGGAAACGAGUACUGUGUUUUUUUGAGAAUAAUAAGCGAGUGGAAUAAGGUGAGAACACAGUCCUGUGCUGUAUGGGCACAAAUUAAAAAUUUAUCACCCACUCUUCAAUACAUGACUGCUGUUGCAUUUGGGUCACUUGCUGCUGUCUGCCUUAUACUGUUCCUGUCAUUCUCAGCAGCACGAUCUUAUCUCCACAGUGCAGUGCACUCCCCACCUGCUGCUUUAGCCUGCGAGGGUGUACGUUUAUCUGCUACCAUGGGUAUGACACAAGCCGGGAUUGCAUCAUCGUCCCUAGAGACCGAAAAUGUCUCUCUCCUCUAACGUGUUAUCCCUCAAAGUUGGCAUAAAGAAAAUGCAGUCUCCCUGCCAAAGCCAACACCUGUCAGGAUGUAGCUGUAAGGCACACCUCUGCUAUAGCAUUGACAGUUGAAAUGUGUUUGUUACUGGGUUUUUUUAUUGUGUCCCCUUGUUUUCUGACAGCGUGGUGUGGAGAGAAAAACCUUCCAUCACAAACAUGUUGUGUCAGGGACGUUAGCAUGCAUCUCAUGUGUCGGCCACAGGCUUUAGCUAUUCCAGCCACAUGGAUGCCUGAUAGCAAGUGUCUGUAUCAUACCUGAUUACAUGAAUAAUCCCCUGAUCCAGUUGAGACUGUCUGAGGAUUAACUGCUACUUCAGAUGCCUUAGGACAUACAAACUGACCCAUUAUGAGAGAAAAUACAGAUCAACUUUUACCUCAGAUUAAGUGCCUGCUGUCUUUCCAAGUGAAAAUGUAGGAGAUUUCAUCAGUCACUCAUGCGUAACGCUACUUCAGUAACAAGUACAGAGUGAAGUUGUCACGUGAAAUAGUGUCACCAACACAUGUUCCGUAGAUAUUGCAAUCAUUGCUCAUAGCAAUUAGGAAUAAUUGCAAAUAGUGUACCGGUUUAUAAAACUGCAGUUGCAAAAAAAAUAAGUAGCUUUAGUGUCAUGUGAAACUAUUUUAAAUCAAGAGCUACCUGUGUUAAGUGCAGUUUUAUUAAUCUCUGUUUUAUAAUUACAACUGAAUAACGACAUUAAAAUCAUUGUCUGCACAGGUAUGUAACAUCUGGUUAGAGUCAGCUGAUAAAGUACAGUUAACCAAUUUCCUAUGACAUCCUCCCAAAUAAUAAUUUUCCCUCCUAUAAGAAAGAAGCAAUUGUCUGUGCUUACUUCCACUCCUGUUCAGAAGAUGCUUUGAGUAAUACUAGAAAAAUCAUUCUGUUAACUGGUGAAAUAAAAAGAAGUUUUGAGCUUUAGUAGUUUAGUCACUUUUUUGAAGUUAUGUUUUGUAUCUCACCACUUUGAAUAUACGAUAUCCCUUUUUGGAAUUCUAAAUGUUUCUGAUUCCUGUUGGCUUUUAUUUUAUUUUAUUUUUUUUUUUAUUUCAGGCAUGCAGUCUCUCUGGGUGGUAUAAUUCCUUUUCUGGUGUUCAAAAGGGAUAUUUUAAAGUGUAACAGCAGGCUUUGUAGUUGGUAAAGCAGAGAGGAAUUAACAUAAAAUUGCAAAUAGCUAGGAAUAUUUUUCUGAGAUUAGGGCAGUAGCAAUACAUGGGUAUUACUUCUGUUAUCCACCAUUUCCACUGAUUACUACAUCUGCCCAUCAAGUCAGUAGAUCUUCAGUAGUUGGCAGCUGAGUAAAAACGCCUUUGUCUACAUUAGUGAUAAAGAGUAGGUAGCAUUUUUCUCCACCAAUUAAGAAUAACAGAACUGUUCUUGUUGGGUUACUGUUACUUAAGUUUGCAGUUUCUCCUGUGGAAUUCAUUCUCACACAUUCUGUUCUUAAUUCCAUUUCUCAUUGGGAUAGAUUGCCAAGGUUUGGUGUAACUGUAUAAACUGAAGCACUUCAUUAUGGUUCAUUUUCCUGACACUCUUGUCCAGCAAGAAUUCAUAAGCAGCUGUUCCUAAAUAUGAGAGAGCUGAAGAGGCAGGAAGUAAUUUAAAGAGACAUGACAUGCCAUCCUCUGUGAAUGAAAACUUCUUGCACAUAUACUAAGACCAGCAGUUACCUUACGUUGUGCUGGACCAGGAACAUGAAGUUCAUAUUUUUGUUCUAGAAAGUUGGAGGUCUUCAUGUAACCUUGGGCAAAUAAGCAUGUGACUAUUCUCUACCUAGCUUGUCUUCUCGGAAUACGAGCUUUUUCAGAGCAAGUCUUCUUUCUUAUUAAACCACC